AUUUCUGAUUCUGCUCCAGUUUCCUGGCCCGAGCUCUCAUUGGUUGGCCCGUGAACCAUGUGACCAGCUGAGCCAUCAUAACCGGCUCACUAGCCAUUACUUCUCACUUUAUACUUAUGAUCUUUGCCGUGUGUCUCCGUGGCUCUUAUCUGAUAACAGAUGGUUCCACUUAAAUGGUCAUCUGGGGGUGAGGAUGUGACCACACUGUUUCACAGGAGUGCAGCUUCUCACCCCCCCAAGCCAGACACACACACAUACACACCUACACCCUUUGAGCCACUGUGUGUGAGCCAGACCACUUUCCCUCUCUGCUCGAGUUCCCUAAGCUGCCAACAUGUCUGCUGCUGCCUGUGUCCAUUUCAUUACCCUGGACAGGGGGGCUGACUGGCUGGUUCUGUGUCUGCUUCCAAUACGGGCUAUAACCUGUGUACAACAAUGACUCGCUGGUUGUGUGUCUGGUUCCGAUACGGGCUUGAACUUGUGUACAACGCUGACUGGCUGGUUCUGUGUCUGCUUCCAAUACGGGCUAUAACCUGUGUACAACAAUGACUGACUGGUUCUGUGUGUGGUUCUGGGUCCCUGUUUCUGAUAAACGGGUCAGAUCAUAUGAUCACCAGCCGGAAAUAGCUCAGUGCUGCCCCUGGGGGUGUACGUCUGCACAGGCAGCGUGUUUGCAUACAGACGCACAGCCUCCGUCUGUCCUCACAGCGUCCGAGCAGCUGAUAGGUUCCAGUCCCUAGACACUGCAGAUUAUGGUCACAGACGAGUUUCGGUGUUGCUUCCACCGGCUCUCGAACCCGCAGUGCCUUCAGAGCCCCAGGUGGUCACUCUGUCUGCCACAAGAAAGGUGGACACGCUCUGCAUUCGAGGUGUGUCCCCCCCCUUUACGGGGGGAGCAGAAUGGAGUGAUAAAUGGAAGGUGCAUGUGAUCACCCCGCCUUCUGCUCUCCCUCUGUCGCGCAGAGGCAUCCUCCAGCAGAUUACGUCACCAGUCGUGGAUUAGCGGCAUGCCAGGCUCACCCGAUCACCUGACGCCGCGUCACCACCUCCCAUUGGCCGGCCCCCACACACCCUCCUGGCAUAUGGCAGCCUUUUGUUCCACCCCCCGUCAGCUGCUUCCUCUUUCUGUUUUUAGAUGUGCAGAGAAGUGUGACACCUUUGUCAUUUAAUUAGGGAGGCUGAGCGGGGCAGCGAGGGAGUGGUCAGGGCUUGGUGGGCGUGGCCGAGGCCAUAAGGGCGUGGUUAGGGCUUGGUGGGCGUGGCCAAGGCCAUAAGGGCGUGGUUAGGGCUUGGUGGGCGUGGCCGAGGCCAGAAGGGCGUGGUCAGGGCCCUGGCCCACAUGACACGGAGCCGGCAGUGAGGAGCGUCGGCAGAGCCCGUCCCUGGAGCUGUCCGUUCAGCACCCCCGGUCCGGUCAGUGGGAAAACAUAGGUGACAAAGGAGCCAUAAAUACAUCAGUGAUAAGUGACGAGAGUGACUGUUCCAGCCACCACCCCCAUCGCUGGCUGCUCGGUGACUGUGACUCAGCAGCCCCCCCCCAUGUCCCCAUACCACGGCAUGACCGUGACUGCGCCUCCCAGUCGAGUAUGAGGACGAGCUGCACUCAGGCUGAGGGAGCAGCUUCCUGAUCAUUGUAUCCUGGAUCAGAUCUCUCCCCCCCACACGUUAAGGGAUUAAAGGCCAGCUGCUUCUCCAGGAUACAAUGAUCAGUGCCCCAGGCGGGGCGGGGGGACCGGUAUGGGGGCGCUGAGCUCAGAGCCGUGCACUCCCCGCUGGGCUGUCGGGGGAGGGGCAGAGCUGGAGCAUGCUCAGUAAGCACAGCACAGCACAGCACAGCUCAUGUUGUUUAACUGCAGCAGGAUCGGGAGGGAGAGAGGCGGCUGCAUCUGGGAGCGACUGCGUAUUCGGCGACACGCGCGCGCUCACACACACACACACACACACAUAUACACACACACACGCACGCAAGCAGGGCCCCCGGCGCAAGAUGCACUGAGGGGUGGCGUGCCCGAGAGCGCGGCAGCGCCCAGCCGGAGGGCAGAGACGGGCGCCACGUGGGCCGAGGCUGGGGCUCCGCAGCCCGCCGGCUCGACAUGAAUGGCUCGCGAUCGAGGCGUCAUGGCUGUGAGAGAUAAUGCAGCACACCUAUGAGGGGCUUCAAGCUCGCCUGCACUGCCAGUAACUCGAGCCGGAGCUCCCCCGCCUGCUCGCCCAUCCUGCGCAAGCGCUCCCGCUCACCCACCCCCCAGAGCCCCGAGGGCGACGCCAUGGUGGAGAAGAGCGCGGAGCAUGCCGCAGACCGCUCACCCCCCACCGCCGGCCAGACCCUGCAACCCCCACGAUCCGGCAGCGGCGGCAAGAACUCCAAGGUCCUGAGCCCCACUUACAAGCAGCGAAAUGAAGACUUCAGGAAACUCUUCAAGCAGCUGCCGGACUCGGAGCGGCUCAUCGUGGAUUACUCCUGCGCUCUACAGAGGGACAUCCUGCUGCAAGGUCGGCUCUACCUGUCUGAGAACUGGAUCUGUUUCUAUAGCAACAUCUUCCGUUGGGAAACGCUGCUGAUGGUCCGUCUGAAGGACAUCUGCUCCAUGACGAAGGAGAAGACGGCCCGCCUCAUUCCCAACGCCAUCCAGCUGUGCACCGAGUCCGAAAAGCACUUCUUAACCUCAUUCGGCGCCAGGGACCGGACCUACAUGAUGAUGUUCAGGCUUUGGCAGAACGCACUCCUGGAAAAGCCCCUCUGUCCCAAGGAGCUGUGGCACUUUGUGCACCAGUGCUAUGGCAACGAAUUGGGCCUCACCAGUGAUGACGAGGAUUAUGUCCCCCCCGAUGAUGACUUCAACACUAUGGGCUGUUGCCCCCCGCCCUGGUGCAGGUACAACGAGGAGAACGAGGCCAACGACAGCUCAUCCAAGAGCAGCGCCGAGGCGCGGCCAGAGCCCAGCCCCCAGCUGCCCCGCAAGCCCCUCCCCCACGGAGGCGUAAGGAAGCACCGCGGCCGCCUGACGCCUCCUCCAUGUCUGUACCUCCCCUGCCUACAGACCGACCUCCCAACAGCAGAGGAGUACUCGAACUGCCUCGCCGACGGAGACCUCCUGGCCGUCCCACUGCCCAAUGGAAAAGGGGCCGUUCCUCUGCCCAAUGGUAAAGGGGAGGAGCCGGUGGCACCCUCGCCGUCGCUGGACUUCAACGACAACGAGGACCUCCCCACGGAGCUCAGCGACUCCUCAGAAACGCACGAUGAAGUGGGUGAGGUGCAGGCCUUCCAAGAGGACCUGCCCGGAAAGCUGUACAUCAAUGAGAUCUACAAGCUCAGCGUGGACAAGAUGCACAGCCUGCUCUUCACAGAAUCCCAGUUCAUGAGGGACUUCCUGGAGCUGCGGAGGUUCUCAGGCGUGGUGUACCGGCCGUGGAAGAAGGACGACGAGACGGGGAACCAGACACGGGAGAUCAUGUACACCAUCUCCUUGAGCAACCCGCUGGCCCCCAAGACUGCCACCGUCACCGAGACGCAGACGUUGUACAAGGCCAGUCAGGAGAGCGAGUGCUACAUCAUCGACGCCGAGGUGAUCGCCCACGACGUCCCGUAUCACGACUACUUUUACACGCUUAACCGCUACGUCCUGACGCGGGUGGCCAAGAACAAGUGCCGACUCAGGGCCUCCACGGAGCUCCGCUACAAAAAGCAGCCCUGGGGUCUCGUCAAGGGCUUCAUCGAGAGAAACUUUUGGAGUGGCCUGGAUGAGUACUUCAGACACCUAGAGCUGGAGCUGAGUAAGACGGAGGCGGUGAUGACGGAGCCCCCCAGGAACUCCCCCAAGUCUCGCGUGGCCAGGACCGCGAUCUGCCGCCGCCGCAAGCGCGCGCUGUCGCACCUACGCGCCCAGCACCUGGAGGAGGAGCCGUUGAGCCUCGUGAGCACGCCCGAGCACGAGGAGGCCAUCCACCGCAUCCGGCACGUGCAGGGAUCUACUCAGACCCGGCACAUCCCCGAGGAGCUUCCAGGAGGCCUGGCUCUCUACAGCGUCUCCAGGCUGCUGUUGGUUGUCAGUCUUGUCCUUGUUAUUCUGGUGUUCCUCAACAUGAUGCUCUUCUACAAGCUGUGGAUGCUGGAGCACACAACGCAGAGCCUCACUGCCUGGCCAGGCCUUCGACCCCACGAGAGGCUCCCACAGACGCAGGCAGAGUGGGCGCAGCUGCUGGAGUCACAGCAGCAGUACCAUGACGACGAGCUGCAGAAGUGGAGAGAGAUCCUGCGGUCCUCGGUGCUGCUCCUGGAUCAGAUGAAGAAGUCGCUGCUGAACCUCCAGAAGGGCAUCAUCCUGAAGGACUACAGCUCUGAGCCGGAGGAAAGCGCAGGGUCGUACCACUAAACCCAGGAGUGCGCCCGGCUGACCUUUGACCUCUGACAGGCAGGAGGCCGUAGCAGUGUCUCGGCUGGGCGGUCCCUCCCAGACAGCAGAGCUGCUCUGCUUGGCCCAAGCCGUCAGCUUGUCUCCUUUUUAGAGACGUGCUGUGAGGUUUUAUCUCCAGUAGAGAGAGAGCCAAUCUCUCUCAGCCACGCCUCCUCCCGGUGAAGACCCUCUCCUUCCAGGGAGCGUCUGUUCAUACAGGACUAGGUCUACUUCAGCUGUUCCAGGUAGACUGCCCCCCGGUGGUCAGUGUUGCAGUAUCCCCUUUUUUACCUUGAAAAUCUGGGACCACGUAAGUUAAUUACCACCAAUCAGUAUGCAAACAUAGAUCUUGGUGUGGGUUUCCAUGGAGAUACACAGCUGUACUCAUGUACAUAGUUAUACUGAUUGGUUUUGUAUGGCAUUUGCGGCCAGGUGGAAUCAGGGCUGGUUUCCCCGAUUCCUCGUGUGGCCGCGGCGUAGUGACACCAUCGUGUUACAAGGCUGGUCGUCCUGGUAUGAAGCAUCCAUGGACCAUAUCAAAGAUUCUCGCCGUUCCCAUGGUAACCAUGUCCAGCGAGAAUCUGACAAAAGACUGCACUGAUCCCACUCCAUCACCAUGCCCAGCGGGAACGCCAUUAGACCGCAGCGCCCCCCGGUGGCUGUCCUGGAAGCUGCAGUGAUGCUCCUGCACUUGGUUAUGGGUAGAUGGGAGAGUCACAUGACACAGGUUUGUCGAGCAGGUAUCUGAAAGAGAGCGGCACAUAAUGAUGCAGUCAAAGGCGACCUGUCCAGACGGGCUCUGGAAAGCCUCCCCCCCCCCAGUUGUGAAUCAUGGCCGCUUCUCUCAUGUUGUCAUCACCGUCUGUGCUCUUUCUUGCUUUUUUUUUCUUCACGGCUGGCUCCCAGAUCAGGACAUGCCUUACAGAUCAAACAGCCAGCAGCUAACAGCAUCAGUGUUACUCUUUCACCUCUGUGAGAGAAUCGAGCAGAUUUUGGUGAAUAAUCAUGUGCUCUGAGGCUUUCAAGGUCAGGGUUGGGGUAAGGGGGGGGGGGUAUUUUAAAGGGAAUCUGCAGUUGAACUAAGUAAGGUGACUGUUAUUCUCCAAGUAUUUCAUUUCAGAAACUGUGAAUAGCUUUACUGGAAACAUUUAAAUAAUAAGAGGAUUAUAUAUGUGAUGUGAUGAUGUACAGAAGAGGUUGAAGAACUCCAGCUGAGUGACAAUACCAUGUAUUUGGCAUUACUGGGCGUGACGUGCCCGCCAGUCUGUCUUUGUCCUUACUUUGUCCUUUUUUUGUUCCCAAUUAUGUGAAGGAGUGAAGUCAAACUGUACCCCUUUCAUCAGGACAGUAUUUAAUGCUUUUCAAGGCUACUACCAGUGACUCAUCACUAGGGGGCAGUAUCACCACACUGGACCUGUCAGCGCACUGCCCCAGCCUGGACAUUAGUAUCUACCUGUUGCUUAGAUUAUUUAUUACGGUCAUAUUCAUUUUCAGCCAGUCAUUCAGCCAGAUGUCAUUCCUGUCUUGAAAAUAGCAGUUGGCAAUUGAAUCUGCUGUCAUUUUUAUGAUCACUUUGAACGGUGGCCAGAUUUAAUUGGCCCCCGUCUCCUUACCGGAGCCUCUUUGGGCCCGGAUGUGCUGCUUUUCUGUCCGGUUGACGUAUAUGAGCGUGUCGCGGCUUUGCGACGUGAAGCCGCACCCAGCAUACGCACAAUGACUGGCCCCUCCCCCCGGUCCGUGAACCUGAGCAGUGUGCUUGAAGUGGCAUGUGAGGCUUGCACUCGUAUAAAGUGACUCAGGGACAGGAAUGUCCCUUAAUGGGCCCUGACGCCGGAGCCAACGUCUCCGCUCUGAGGUUAUUUAUGAUCUGGGAGCUGCUUGUGUUCACAAGGGUCACACGGGCCCCUUUACGACGGCUCGCUCGUCACGUGCGGCUAAUGCAUCUUGAGAGUUGACAUCAGUGCUAUUCAGCAUCGUGUCUCUCGCACAUCCUGCUGGAUGAGCCAAUGAGUUCUAUGCAUUUUAUCCUGUGGUAUUUGUUUGCAUAACGGUCAAAACUACUGCUCUCUGACAGAGGAAAAUGUCACAUCUAGAUGUUUCUGUAAAAAAGCUAAACCCCUCCAUUUAGAAUAAAUCAUUCAGUGUCAUCUGAAGCAUCCUGGUUUCAAACCUCCCGCAAAAAGAGCAGACCUGCAGCCCUCCUAUAUGCCAGGACACUAAUGAUGGCUAAAUGAAGCUGCUUGAACCGUUUGCUGUAUUGUCUGACACCACUAGGUGGUGCUCUCUGUUAAAAAAGAAAGGGCUCAAAGCCAUGCUCCAAAGUAAACCAAGAGCACCAUUUAGUUGGGUCAGAAAAUGGCUCAUGCAGCUUCAUUUGGCCGUCACUACGGGACACUCUGGACAUGGUCCUCUCAUGGGUAUCAUACAGCCUGCGUUUGUGACAGAAAAUGAGGUCACAAUGGGUUCAAACAUUGAAGGGUAGAUCAAAGAAUGAUCUGAUUAUUUGAUACCAAAAUCUUUAUUAUCAUUUCCAGCUGAUUGAAAAAAACAUCACCAAAGAAAACCAGGCUGAUCACAGAAACCAGUUUAAUCUACCAAAUCUGUGAAUUCUGGAGCACCGCAGUGUUUCAUUCAGCCCCUGUUUGGACAGUAUGAGAAACAACAGGUGUGUAUCUGCGGUGCUCUGUAGGACUGAUGCACACCAAACCCACCUUCAUUUACAGGAAGUGUCAUAUUCAGACUGUUCCAGCAUCAUGAAAUGCCACAUUUUUGUCUCAUGCCCAGAUUUCUGAAGUGAAAGAGUCUUUGCAUCCUUAUAAACAUGCUUCCUGUCUUCCUAGGCUGGCUGCAGCCAUCGUUAAGUUUGAUUAAUACAGUCAGAGGAAAACUGAAGCCUUAGUCUUAUGCCUAUGCCAAAAACGCCACCCAGGAAUCUGUGUAAUCUGUCUGUCCUUCACUAGCAGCUAAUCUUUCCGAUGUGUCUGGAAUGAGGUGGGAGGGGCUGCACGGCAGCUCAGCCAAUAGUGGUUACAAUUUCUCAACACUCAUGCUUUCCUCUGAUUUGAUUGGCUGCACCUGAGCACCUCCCAGUGCAUGCCAGUUGUACUGAGCUGACAGCAUUCUUUAACUGUAAUAGAAGUUAGUUGUGAUAUGUGACAGUGAUACCUCCUGUCCCCUAUGUGGCGCUGUUACUAAGAUUUGGCCUGUUGCACAUCACACUUGUCACCAUUGAGUUUUGUUUGUCUUGUGUUUUUAAAUUAACUCCUCGUCACAUCCAUAUUUCCAUUAUAAACUUGACUUCAGGUUUGAAAAAGUGCAGCUGCCAUGUUACCAAAAUGCCACCUCUCAUGUUAAUGCUUUUCAUUUUUAUUAAUCUAAGGGAAGAAUUCAAGGCCAUACAAGACCUCGUGUAUAAAGUGCCAGUCAAUGGUAGCCCAGCUUCCAUGCACAUUUACCCCAGUGGGGUGCCCAGCUAAUCGGAAAGAUCCGCUGUCACUAUCCAGUUGAAUCACUGGAAAUCCAAAGAGGAAUGCUCAGAAAUCCCAGGCUGAGCGCCUGCUUUAAUAGAUGUUGCACAUUCUGGGAAGUGUCUCCAUGACGACAUAUUCACGGCCCUACGGUUCCACACGGUUUGCCAGUGUCCUCCUGUAGGGGGCAUUACAGUCAACUCAAAGUUUUGGGACACGCGCCCAUAACCAGUGUCACAUCCCAUGUCCGUGCUGCUGAUGCACAUUCUCACGCGCAGGCAUCUGUAUGCAGUAUUUACACACAGAAAAGAAAUGGAAUUAUGAAAGAAAUUUAUGGUGAUAUUUUAAGGAAAAUGUACCGCAGGUGUGUUGUGGCAUUAAAUAACUAUGUGGGGUGGAAAAAAAGAAUGGAAAUGUAUGUUUUUGUUUGUUUUUAGAACAGUUUUGAUCUAUGUAUGUAUACGAACCUUAAUAUAUUUAUACUAUAUAUUGUGUGUAUAUGCUGUAUAUAUCUACAAAGACAAAUCAGAAUCUGCGCUGUGCGUGGUUUCAUUUCCAUGUAGACAUGGACUCUGAAUCAGCUUUAUGAAAAUGUGAGCUAGAGGCAUAUGAAAUGUAUGAAUAAAGGUACUGAUUAAAGUCCCCAUGUCUCAGCA